UCAUGCGUCCGCGGAUCGCGUCUCUAAGAAAAAGUGCUUUUGUUCAGUUCAAAGAAAAGUUAUUUGUGAUCGUAAAUUCUAACAGAUUUUUAUUGAGCUAAUUUUAGUUGCGUUAAUCAGUGCACGUACUUGAAAAUAAAUUAAUAUUUGGAGAACAAGGAGAUCGUUUUAAAUCUUAAAUUGAAAACCAAGAACAAAAUGGGCAAAGCUAGUGAAAAUGGUGGAACAGAAGUUUUCGAGAUCCACAAAUCAGAAGAACUCGGGCGAUACCUAGUGGCAGCUAGAGAUCUGACUCCUGGUGAAGUUGUCAUCUCGGAACUGCCCGUGGUCUUCGGCCCUAAAGCCAUGUUUGACCCCGAAGCCUCUAUGCCUUGCGUGGGGUGCUACAAACCAGUGUUUACUGACAUUGGGGAGAGAUGCUCCAGAUGCGGCUGGCCAGUCUGCUCUGGGAACUGUCCAGGUCUCAAGGACCCGUGGCAUCACGGUAUUGAAUGCGACAUCUUGAGUGCUCGUCCUGAAUGUGUUCUUGACAAUAUGGCUGAGUAUUACAGACAUGAUGCUUUACUGCCUCUACGUUGCGUUCUCCUACAAAACACAGAUCCGGUGAAAUGGCAGCAAAUUUUAGAGUUACAAUCGCAUAUGGAACAACGAACUCCUGGUUCAGACUUAUAUGACGAGGCUGACGAAUUCAUUGUUGAGUACUUGAUCAAUAGCUUUAUAAACAGACUUGAAGAUAGUGUAAAAAAGAAAUAUUUUAAAGAAAUUUCAAAGGAACUACUGCAUAGAAUGUGCGGAAUAAUCGACACUAAUGCUCUGGAAAUAAGACUCCCUGAUGGCGCGGAACUGAAUGCCUUAUAUGCUACAACAUGCUUACUAGAAAACUCGUGUAUACCAAACACGAAGCAUAUUUUUGGUCUUUCCACAAAAGACAAGAGUGAAUUAUACAGAAUAACACUUAAAGUUGUCGUUCCUAUAAUGAAAGGAAACCAUAUAGCCACUAUGUAUAGCCAUGCUUUAUGGGGAACGCAAGCCAGAAGACAACACCUAAAAGAUACUAAGUACUUUUCAUGCAAAUGCCAGAGAUGUAGUGAUCCCACUGAGCUGGGUACUUAUUUGAGUGCGAUGAAAUGCUUUGGCGAUGGUAAUAAUUCUUGUGAUGGUAUACAUCUUCCUGAAGAUCCCUUGGAUGAAGAAACUGAUUGGGCUUGCAGCAAAUGCCCGGUCAAAGUUAAUAAUUCCCAAAUUAAUAUGCUUAUAUCUCAAAUGGGAGAGGAAGUUGAAAACGUUCAAAUCAUGGGAGGAUCUGUUAAUAUGCUAGAAAACCUUUUGUGCAGGUUAUCAACGUUUUUACAUCCCAGUCAUUAUCACUUGUAUUCUAUUAAACAUUCUCUUGUCCAACUCUAUGGCAGGCAACCUAGUUAUUUGUCUGAGGAAAUUUUGGAUAAAAAAAUUAAAAUGUGUAAAGAUUUAAUUACUAUCACAACCACGUUAGAUCCAGGAAAUGCUAGGCUAAGUCUGUACAGUGCGGUUUUACAUCAUGAGCUACAUUUAGCGUUACUUAUGUUGUCUAAAAAGACUAAGAGUGAUGGAACUAUUAAAACUAUAGAUGAAAUAACUCCAUUGCUAAAUGAGGCAAAAUUGUCUAUUGACAAAGCUUUAAUAUAUUUAAAAGACGACAUUCAAGAGACUUCAGGUAAUAAACUGUACGAAGUUAUUGAAUGCAGCAAAAAGGAAUUUGAUAAAUAUUGUAAAGAAAAAAAGGUCAUCAUUUAA